GUGGCAAAUAUCACAUACUCACUGUAUGUGGCAGAUGACAUUGAAUCAGAGGAGAAACCCAUACGCCAUCCUAAGGAUGCAGGACACCAUGGAACGAGAAUUGGCACUGGCUAACAAACAACUGCUGGUGGUCCGGCGAGCUGCCCUGCACCAGCUGUUUGAAAAGGAGCAUCAGCAGUACCAGCAGGAACUCAGCCAGAUGGGCAAAGCUUUUUAUGUGGAGAGACUCUGACAGCCUUCAAAACACUGCUCUUCCAUUCUCAUCGGACCUGUUAACCGAGCCUUGCUGAGUGUCUGCCACCUUGAACUACCGUCCCCAAAUCAACCUGGGCCCCGGAUUUAAAACAAUGCUUAUACUCACCUCUUCGCUGUCUUCCCUACCCGCUAGCCAUUUAGGAAACAAUCUGUGAAAAAAAAUGAUGAAAAACAAGAGUGACGCCUUGUGGUCAGACUGAGAUAUGCAAUGAUAUGCAGUGUCAGCCGGCAAAGGAACGUGCAAUGUUACAGAUGAAAAUCCUGCUUUGGUUUAACCAAUAAAGUUAUAUAAGGAUCACACUUAAA